AAAACCCAAAGUACACCACUGGGAUUACCUCACAUCUACCAACCAUUGCAGAAAUAGAACCCCGGAAGAAGAUGAAUUAAAACCCAGCUGAAAUGAUCUAGUUGGGUUUUGGAGUUUUUAGAGAGAGAGAGAGAGAGAGAGAGCGCGCGCGAGAUUGACCCUGGUUUUGGAGAGAGAAACGAAAUCCAAAAAGAAAAAAUAUCUCUUUUUCCUGUAAAAAAAAAAAAACCAUGAACAGGAUUCAGUCAAAGCUUUUCAAGAUCGUUCUCUCCCUAUUCGCUCUCAACUCUAUCUCUUUCUUUAUCUACUUCUCCUCCUACUACCACCACCAGCAGUCCGACCACCAGCCGCCUUCCCGGACGGACCACCUCCACCGCCGCCUCCAGAAUAAUAAUAAUAAUAAUAACAAUAACAAUAAUAAUUACCUUAAGCCGUGGCCGAUACUGCCUUCUUACCUCCCCUGGACUCAGAAUUCUAAUGUCCCAUUCCGCUCCUGCGAGGCCUACUUCGGCAACGGCUUCUCUCGCCGCAUCGACAUCCUCCCUGCGAAUACCGGAGGAUCUUCCGGAUGGUUCCGUUGCUUCUUUAGCGAGACGCUUCAGAGCUCCAUAUGCGAGGGAGGAAGAGUGCGAAUGGUGCCCGAGAGGAUACAGAUGUCCAAAGGGGGGGAGAUGAUAGAGGAGGUCAUUGGGAGAACGGAGGACAAGGAGUUGCCUGAGUUCCAAAACGGUGCCUUUGAGGUUCUAGGGGUUGGAAGGAAAGGUAAAAAUCUUAUUCAAGGAGAUUUCUUGGAUAAUUAUGUCCCAGAAGGCGAGAUUAAAAGGCACACGAUGCGUGAAUUGAUCGGUUCAAUUCGUGUCGUGGAUGAUAAGGAAUUUCACUGUGAUCAGUGGAUUGAGGAGCCAACACUUCUGGUCACACGAUUUGAAUAUGCAAAUCUUUUUCACACGGUUACAGAUUGGUUCAGUGCAUACGUCUCUUCUAGAGUCACUGAAUUGCCUUAUCGUCCUCAUUUGGUUUUUGUGGAUGGCCAUUGCAGAGCACCUUUGGAAGAAACAUGGACUGCACUGUUUUCAAGUCUUAGAUAUGCUAAAAAUUUCAGUGGUCCGGUUUGUUUUCGCCAUGUUGUUCUUGCUCCUUUGGGAUAUGAGACUGCACUCUUUAAGGGACUAAGUGAAGAUAUAAAUUGUGAGGGAGCAUCAGCACGUGAUCUUUGGCAAAACCCUAAUGACAAAAAAACAGCCCGAUUAUCUGAGUUUGGUGAAAUGAUUAGAACAGCUUUUGGCUUCUCUGUCAAUAGACAUGGUGGUGAAAAGCCUGUUUCAGGUCAUAAUGUCCUCUUUGUCAGACGCCAAAAUUAUUUAGCCCAUCCACGUCAUGGUGGUAAAGUUGAAUCAAGACUGAGCAAUGAACAAGAAGUGUUUGAUUCAUUGCAGAGUUGGGCAUCUAAUCAUCUGGAGUGCAAAGUGAAUCUUGUCAAUGGAUUGUUUGCGCACAUGCCUAUGAAGGAGCAAAUACGGGCCAUUCAAGAGGCUUCAGUUAUUAUUGGUGCUCAUGGUGCAGGUCUCACUCAUAUAGUUUCUGCAACACCAAAAACAAUAAUAUUAGAGAUCAUUAGCCGCCAGUUUAGGCGCCCACAUUUUCAAUUGAUUGCCCAGUGGAAAGGGUUGGAGUACCAUGCCAUCAACCUUAAUGGAUCAUAUGCCUCUCCUGCAGUUGUUAUUGAAAGGCUUGACAGAAUAAUGAAAAGCCUUGGAUGUUGAACUCUUUUACUAUUGUUGGAAAUUAUCCAUGGUCUCAUUGCUGGGAAGUGGAAAAGUGACAUGAAAUCCUUUCUGCUUGCAUUAUUAAUCUUCGGGAGUCUGCUCUGCUCGUUUUGGUUCCAUCAUUUUCUCUCCUCAGACUAAUUUUUCUCACAUGCUACUACUUUCUGUGCAACGUUUUCUUGGUGGAUGUCAGAUUCUACUUAACGUGAAUUUAAUGCCAUUCAUGGUUGGCAUAUCAAGAUAAUGUGAUGCACAGCUCUGACAUUUAAUGAAGUAAACUUUCUUUAACCAUUCUGAAUCUGUCUGAAAGAGGAGGAUGCCUUUCUUUAGGUCCGGUAUGUUAUCCUCAGACUGAUCAGUGUCGUGCUUGUGUUGGGAAUUAUUUAUGGUAUAUAGGGAAGGAAAUGAUGGGUUGAUCCUGGAUUUUUUAUUGGGGUAACUGAUGAUUGCUUUGCUUGGGAUUUUCUCGCUUGUACAAUAAAUACAUCACUGGUAGGUUCAAUUUUAAAUGGAAUAUACUUCUGGGAUUUUUUUUU